AUGCGUUUCAUUUCUGAUGAACUCGUCAUCAAUCGAGAUGACAAAGCUCCACUGCAGGUCCUUGGUGUAGGUCUGCCACGAUGUGCGACUAGCUCCAUGCAGGCUGCCAUGGAAUCUAAAUAUAUCAACUAUCAUCCAUGUAUGCAUAUGGCAUAUAUUGCACCUCAUGCCGGUCGUGGUGACAUUCUUCUGGAGGCAUUGCGGGAGCCUAACACCGAACGACGCCACAAACUCCUCCACCAGAUCUUCGAUGGCUUCCAUGCCACCAGUGACUUCCCGGGCUGCGCUGUCAUUGAAGACCUCAUGGACAUGUACCCCGAUGCCAAGAUUGUCCUCAAUAAGCGCCCGGGUGGGGGCAAUAGCUGGGCGAAAUCGAUCGCGGCGAUGACCUACAUGAAAGAUUGGCCUUUUUACGCAAUCACCUUUCUCUGGAAGACCGAUCGCAACCUGCACGCCUUCUGGCAUUUGUAUAUGGAUCUGUGUAUGAAGAAAUAUGGACUCGAGAAGCACGAGCUGUUCACAGCGAAGCACUAUGAUGCCCACAACGCGUGGGUGCUGGCGGAAGCGGCUAAGCGUGGGCGCGAAGUCUUGGAACACGAACCGCAAGAUGGAUGGGAACCCCUUUGCAAGUUUCUUGGAAAGGAGGUGCCGGAGAAUGAGCCUUAUCCACAUCUCAAUGACGCCGCUGAAAUACGUAAGAUCACACGGAUUUUGUACGGCCGAGGCAUUCUCUCUUGGAUAGCAUUGAUCGGGGUCACGUUUGGAACGGCGAAAUGGAUUGGGCUUGUCUAG